UCGUGGUAGAAUAGUCACACGAGCAUUCAGCGUCGAAAGAGACGUGAAUGAAGGAGCGUAUGAAGAAGAAGAUUGAAGACGAAGACGGAGCAGUAUUAAGUAGACGCAGCGAUUGUUGGUCGGCGCAUGGCAGGUAUCCAAGCGAUUGGACGGAGAAGGUUUGAUGAUUCGUCGAGGGAGGGUGUGAAGUUGGAGAAAAGGUUCGAAGUGUGAGGCUUCCCAGGUGUUUUCUACUUUUCCUGAGGUUGAUCUGAGACAAGAAGGAACGGACCCACGAUGGCUUGCUUGCACGUUCUUACCACUACUUACAUACAGUGCUUUCCUUUUCCAACUGGGUAUCACCUCUCUCAGCACAGCAGCACAGCAUCUCCGGGCCCCACCCCUGGUCUGGUCGUCUGGGCUGGGUCACUGAGCGGCAAGGAACUACGGUCAUCCUGACUCCCAGGGUCGAAGGGCUGAAAUGAAAGUGAACUUACCCCAAGGUGGCUGUGGACUAGACUGGACAGUAGGCAACUCCCGUAGAUUGCCCCCGUCGGGAAGUUUGCACGACCCAGCACAUCUCAAAUGCAAACACACACGCGAAGCUGCAGACGCCGGGAGGUGCUUUUCCUGUUGCCUGUUUCUAAAGAGGGACCGCACAUUAAUUACGUGGUUCGCAAGUCAUGAUUCUGUGCCUCUGUGCCCUUGCGAAGAUUGGGCCUGGACAAGGCAAGACCGUGUGGAAUCUGCUGUGGAUAUGGGGCUACGGUGGCUGUUCUCAAGUUGGGUGAGUGAAGAAGAGGAUAAAUGCAAGGAGACUAGCGUUCGCCCAUUGGCCUAUCAGCGAUUUGGUGUCUCAUCCUGUCAGGAACAUUGGAAAGGAGAGACCCUGCGCUGCACCCUCUUCUUCAUUGCCAGUGCGAUGGUACCGUACGCCGUUGUGGACAGCGUGAUUGCACCGUCUCACGCUUCUUCCCUUCUUUCGUAUUCUUUUUCUGCGGCUGGUGUGGUGUGUCAAACAGCCGUUGUCGUUGUCGUUGUCGUUGUCGUUAGAUUGUUCCGGCAUGGGGCCCGCAUCAUGUUGAAGUUGCUGCUGCUGGUGCUGCUGAAAUUCCUUCUAGCGAGCUGUUCUCUUCCUCCAAGAUCUCACUUUACCCGUUUGGGACGCACUUGGAGAGACAAGCUUUUGCCAAGCACUGUCACUCCCAGGUCCCCACUGGUCGAUCAUUUUCAGGGGACCAACGAGAGAUACUUUCGUACAGAAUAUUGCAUGGAAAGCGAUACUCCGUACGAGUACGUGAUUGCAGCGGAAAAUUACCAAUACGACCCUGCACCUCCUCUGCUUCCGUAUGCGUACUUGGUAUUCCCACCAGAACCAGAAGAAGCUCCUGCGCACCGCACCCCGCCAAGUGGAUGGAACAAUGCUGACCGGCUUCGAGAUUCCAUCGCCAAGAUGGAGAUGCACCCCUCCACUCCAGACUAAAGACUAACGAGUAAGUCGGCCGGCCGGUGUGGCUAUUGAAGAUGAAAGAAGUGUUUGAACGCCACCAGAGCACGCAAGAAAAAACCUGAUUUCCGUUUACCGUUGCCAGUUUCGCAAUGUCCCUCGAGUUUGAAGCGCGGUUACUAGGUCGGCCGGUCCAACCAACCAAGCCGCAUGCUGAUACGAGCUGGUGGAAGUGCAUUGAAGAGCCGGUCGCUUUCGGUCACAUAUUUCCAAUUAAGCUUCAAACCAACUAGUUGGACUCCAGAUCAUGUCCAACGAAAAGCUGCCUUGAAGGAUGCGAGGCAUUGAGCAUCUUCAUCUUCGGUGCUAACAGCAGUAAUU